UGUUUCUUGCCCACUCUUAUGAUAAAAAGAAAGCAGAUAUUAUACAUAAAAGUAGGAAAAAUCGUGCAAAGGAAAGGUGGGUGGAAGAAAGUGGGAAGUUGGUUAAUCCCAUCAACUUUCCAGUGGUCCCCGGCAAGGGUUGAUACACCUGUAGUAAAUCGAUUAUAAAUUAUCCAAUACAGCUCCAAAUGACUUGAAACCACUUCCAUUGGAAAGCUAACUCAAUUUACAGUGUCUCCACAAAUUUUCAGCUUCAGAAAAGAUUUUUAAGGCUUUCAUCCGUGUUCAUCUUUCACUCUCCGGAUUCGGGAGCGACCUCGCUGUGUCGCUGCGAGAGGUCGCUCCGGAUUCGUUGUCUCCGGGUGAUCAAUACGCGAGCGACUCUUCCCUGUCGCUCUAGUAAGGUCGCUCUGAUAGGGAGAUCAGAGCGACUUGACGGUGUCGCUCCCAGCUGGUCGCUCUGGUAAGGUGCUCGCCCAAUGAUCACUUUUAACAUUUCUUUUGGACUCCAAUUGCACUCAAAAUCCCACCAAUGGUCCUCUAAUUCAUCCAUGGUGCUCUCCAACACCUGAUAUGUACAAAUGCAAUGAUAUGCAACCUAAAUGUGCCUAAAUGAUGCUCUAAAUGACCAAACAAUGCAGGAAUAAGAAGUUAAAAACAUGUAAAUUCACAAGAUAUCAUUAUUCAAAAUAAAUAUUCAAGAUAUAUAAAAAGUAACGAUAUAAUUUUUAAAAACUAAUAGUUCAUUAUAUAUAUGUUUGACCUUUUCAAAAUGAUAGUUUCUAUUUUCUAAAUUUAGAGGUAGAAUUAAAAAUUUAAAAAUUUAAACCAUAAUUUACACAUAUAUUUUAGAAAAUGUAGAAAUUUUUAUUUUAUUUAAAUCAUGACCGGUUCGAUCGCACUUCAGGUCAUUACACCGAUGACUAAAUACGCCUUAACUCUUACACCGAUCGUGCUUAGCUUAGAAGAACUAAUGCCUUCUUCAGAAAAGAUGAGAUCCAAUGGAGUAUCAAUGUUUCUUAGAACGAUCUUAGUUCUCUCUACCUUGGUUGUCGCACUUGCAUUCCCAUUCUUCGCCAUCAUGGGAGCUUUGAUGGGAUCUUUCCUCUCAAUGCUUCUUGCUUUUAUACUUCCAUGUCUUUGUUAUCUGAGUAUCUUGAGGGGUAGAUUGAGUAAGAUACAAAUGGGAGUAUGCGUUUUGAUCAUCAUCGCUGGCAUUGUAAGUGGUUGCUGUGGGACUUACUCUGCGAUUGGAAAGUUAGUAGGAGAAAGGAGUUGAACGUGUACACUGGUGACCAAUGCAACAGUUGUGGGAUAUAUACAGUAAAAACUGUAAAGAAUGAUUUGUAUUAUUAAUUUUAGAAAAAAAUGAUUUUCAUUAUUAGAGUAAUACAGUUACAAUUGUGAAACUUUGAAAGACUAAUUCCAAUAUUAUAACAAGGAUUUUUGAUUCAACUAGUGAUCUUCGGUUCCAUGAAUGAUUUAAUAUUUUUUUUUUAAAUGUAGAGAGAGUCAUUCUUGAUCA